AUGGUUCGUGUCAACCGUCGCGAACGCAAGGAGAACUACUUCAGGCGCUUUGCUAAAACAUUGUCUGAGUACGACAAAUGUUUUGUGGUCUGCGCCGACAAUGUCCGUUCUAAGCAGAUGCAGCAAAUUCGAGUUGCUCUUCGUGGUUCUGCUGAGAUCGUUUUCGGCAAGAACACGCAGAUGCGAAAGGUAAUUAACAGCCAAGCAGCAAGGGACAGCCGCUUGGAGAGGUUACUGCCACUUCUGCGCCAGAACGUUGGUCUAGUCUUCACAGUUCGUGACUUGAACGAAGUUCGCGCAUGUCUUGAGAGCAACCGUUUGGAGGCUCCUGCCAAAGCUGGUACCGUGGCACCUAAGGAUGUUGUUGUUCCAGCCCAGAACACCGGUCUUGGUCCAGAAAAGACCUCGUUUUUCCAGGCCCUCUCUAUUCAAACCAAAAUUACUCGUGGCACCAUCGAGAUUCUGAAUGAUGUUCCCAUCAUCAAAAAGGGACAAAGGGUUGGACAAAGCGAGGCUACUUUGCUGAAAAUGUUGAAGAUAAACCCCUUCGACUACGGUCUUGUCAUCCGACAAGUUUAUGACCAAGGAUCUGUCUAUAGCCCUGAUAUCCUGGACAUAACACACGAGCAGAUCAUUGAAAAGUUCCUCCACGGAACGGUGAAUGUCACUGCCUACAGCUUGGGUCUCGGUUAUCCUACCGUUGCCAGCGUUACCCACAUGAUUGCUGAUGGGUUUAAGAAUCUUCUGGCUAUCUCUGUGGAGACCGAU